AGCUUGAUCCAACUUGAAAGAUAGAAUAGCUUCCGUCUCAAUUUAUAUUCCCAAUAUUAUUUCAUUUUCAACUUACGAGACGACAAGUCGCGGGCAACGGCUAGUGUUAUAUAAAAUUGUGGUACUUAGAUAUAGUAUACUUAUAUAUACAGGCAAAUACCACUUGACUCGACGCUUUAAGUGCGCAGUGGACAUCGUUCAAUGGCAGCUCAAAUAGCUGGUAUUUGAGAAAUGGCUGGAGUCAGUAAUGCUACACUUUGCAACUUUAAAGUGAGAUCUCUUUGAGAGCAUUUGUGUUAUGUGGUCAGCUGUGUAGCCGCGGUAUUUAAUAGUUUUAAAAUACUUCGAGACUUAAGCUAACCUAAGAAAGUUUACAUUGCUUAGAGUUUGCCUACUUAGGUGUUUGUUAAUUUCGUGUAGAUUUUAGGCAAAAAGGCAUGAUAAUAAAGCAAUUUCCCACAUAAGUGUAAAAAAAUGGCACUACUGUUUAAAAUGAAAUUUUGAGAGACCAUGCUUUGAUUAUAAUGUCAUAAUUAUGAUACUAGUUGUAUCUAGUUUGAGGUAAAUUAAACUUUCUACUACAGACAAUAUAAACAACUUGCUGCUCCGGCGAACCCCUUUCUGCCAGACUAAUUAUUCAUCCAGGACGUCAAACAAAGGCAUAUAACAACAAUCAUAAUCGGUCCAGUCGUUUAGGAGGAGUUCACUGACAUACACUCGUAUCUACAUGUAUCGUAUUUAAUGGUACAUUAAUUAUUACCUACUAGUAAAAGUGCACGAAGCGUAAUUAGUUAAAAACUUGAACGUUUAUAAUGAGUCUAAUUCAUUUGUAAUUAUAAUUUAAUUUAGUUUUUAACCUUGAUAUCACUCGCUUCAAUGACAUCGGCAGGUCAGUAGUCUAGCAUCUGUUUGACGCAGUGUCAAAAAAAAACGUUGCUUAAUUUAGAUACUUAUGACUUGGAUAGGUACAAUAAGAUAUAAAACAAAACAAAAUCACUAGACCGCUUAUACAAACGAAGAUAGCAACGUACCUUAUUAUGUCCUCUACUUGAUUUUAAAAUAUUAUAAACAAAGAAGAAGUUUUCUGUCGGAAUUAAGACUUUUUUGAGUGUUCUCUAUUGAUGUUUCUUGUUGAAAGAGGCAGAAUGCUACUUAGACCUAAAAUAGAUUGUGUACUAUGGAUAUUAAUGAUAACAUUUUAAUAAUUAACCGUAGUAUAAUUCUACAUAGUAGGGAGGUAUAUAAAAGCUUACGAAAUUAACUUGUCUUAGUACGAUCUAAUCCAUCUCAGAGCUAGUACGAUGAAGCUAACGAUUCUCGUAUUGUGCACCGCAGUGUACACUUCGGCGGUCAAGCGACAAAUAGUCACAAGAAUCGGAUCACCGAUCAUACAAACCGAUACAGAAUUUCUGCCCGACCAUACACAGUUGUUAGAAGAAUAUAGAAAUGCGUUACACAAUUUCACCAUCAAGAUAUAUAAGAGAGCCGCCUUUCGAGGGAACUACCAUUUCGUGAUAUCACCUCACUCGCUAUGGAUGACCUUGGCCGGGGUAGCUGAAGGAACUGACUUGCAAACUCAGUCAGAGUUAUUUGAACUUUUAAGUUUACCAGCAGAUCCUUAUCUACGUAAACUGUACUACGAUAUAGCUGCAACUCGAUUCUCUCAUACAAAUGAUGUUAGAAUCGUGAGUACCCGAGCUCUUGUCAUCGACGAAGGCGUACAACCGAACCCACAUUGGCACCACUUCGUUUCGAAACAUCAUCUUCUUAGCGUCGUGUCGGCACCAAUCAGACAAAACUCUAUCCUGGCAGCUAACGCCAUCAGACAAAUAGUAGCCGCAAAUUUCCCCGCUCUUAAUUUACACUCUCUGUACUCUGGAAACUCUGUACUCCUCGACACACUAGACUAUAAUGGCUUGUGGACAACUGCCUUCGCUGAUGCAGUCGUCAGACGCGCCCCGUUCUACGAUCGAUCAGGAAACCAAGUGGGGUCAGUAGACUUGAUGAGAGUAAAACGUCAAGGCAAAAUUGGUUACGUAAAAUCUAUUCAAGCGAAGGUUCUAGAACUACCAAUCGGAAUAAAUGGACAAUUUAGUAUGGUUAUUGCUUUGGUCACGGGAGAUUUGCAUUUAGCACCGGCUGUUAAAGCUUUCCAAGGAUCCAUUAUGAUAGAUGUCAUAGAAUCUAUGAAGGAAAGUAAAGUGCCCAUAGAUGUGGCAAUCCCCCAGUUUAGAAUGAACACAGAAUUGGACGCAAGGAUAAUCCUACAGGAUCUGAAUAUCACGAGGCUGUGGACAGACCCGGAGGCAACAAGGUACAUAUCGGAUCCACCAGCCUUACCAAGCAGCUACGUGCAGCGCUCGACAGUAACCCUGGCAAAGGAUGGAGUGUUCCAUCCACCUCCCACUUUACUACGAUCCUACUAUCCCGAGCCAGAAGACCAGUACUGGAGCGAGUUCAUAGCAAACAGACCUUUUAUGUUCGGACUGUUCGAUACAGAGACCUACACAUGCCUCAUGGGAGUCAUGUAUACGCAACCUACUUAUCCAGUAUAAGCUAAAUAAAUUAUCGUUGUUUUUGUA